AUGAUUUUUAAAGGUUUUUUUUGCAAUAAAAUUAACUAAAAUUUACUAACAUACAUUUAACGAUGGUAUUCUAUAAAAAAGCCUGAUCUGAAUUUUGAAACUAUUUAAAUUGGAGAUCACAACAAUGUCUAAGAAGAUAUAGAAAACUAUAAAUUUUUAUUUGAUUAAGCAUUCCUAUAUUUUUCUUAACAAAAGUUUGAAGAAGCCUAAAUUUACAUUUAAUUAGCUAUAAGAAUUAACCCCUAAUCAGACUACAUGUGUCAUCGCCUUUUAGGAUAAAUUUUCUAUAAAUAAGGUAAAUUUUAAGAUGCUUUGUAAACAUUUAAUGAGUUGUUAUAAAUAAAUACUUUCAAAUCAAAUGUACCUUAUAUCUACAAUACUAUAGGGUCUAUUUAUGAAUAAUAAAAUAUGAAAGACCAAGCAAUUAAAUAAUAUCAAAAAGCUUUAGAAAAUGAACCUUCUGAUUACGAAGCUCUAAUAAAUUUAGGAAAUUUAUACUUUUUUGAUAAAAAUAUGGUAAAAGAAGCCAACGAGUGCAUCAAGAAAGCCUUGGAUUUGAAUCCUAAUUGUUUUUUCACAUGGUAUAAAGCAGCUAAAUUUUAUGAUAAUAGCAAUUAAAAUUAAGAAGCAAUAUAUAAUUAUAAAAAGGCAUUAUCAAUAUUUCCACGAGAUUCGGAAAUCCUUUAUAGUUUAGCUUAAAUAUAUCAUAAAAUUGGAAAUAACUAAGAAGCAAUAAAAUUUGAAGAAAAAGUGAUAAAGAACAAUCAAAAAGAAUAUUACUUUCAUUUUUAUAAAGGAUGUUAAUAUAGAGAACCCGGACAUGAAAAUCAAGCAAUUAACUGCUUUUUAAAUGCUUUAGAAAUUGGCCUUGAAUUAUAUAGUCCUUUAAUAAACCUAGGGAUAAUAUAUUCUUAAAUGGGAAGACUAGAAGAAGCUUAAUCUUGCUAUUUAAAAAUUUUAAAAACUCACCCAUAAGAUUGGAAUGCUUUGCUUGGAUUGGCUAAAUUAUUUACAAAACGUGGAAUGAUAGAAGAAGCAAAAUUUUUUCUAUAGAAAUGUUCACUGAUUUAUAAUUUAGAUUAAGAUAACUGUGAUGAUAUUGUAUACUGUUAUUGUUAAUUAGGAAUGAUAGAAGAGGCCAUAAUUUGGUAUGAGAAUGCAUUAAAAUUUAUGCCUGAUUCUGUUUUUCAUUUAAUUAUUAUUGGUCAACUACACUUGAGAAAUGGAAAUAUUGAAAAAUCAAAAAUUUUUUUUGAAAAAAUUUUAAAAAUCCGACCUAAUUAAUCUUAUAUUUUGAAUAAUUUAGGAUUUGCUUACUAUUUGGAAGGAGAUUAUUCUAAAGCCAUAUCCUAUUACUAAUAAUCUUAAGAAAUAAACCCAAAUGUGUAUGACACUUUCAACAAUUUAGGAUUAAUUUAUCAAAAUUAAGGAUUUGCAGAAUAAGCAAUUCAACAAUAUGUAAAAGCUAUAAAUAUUUUACCAAAUUUUGCAGAAGCUUUGAAUAAUUUAGGAUCUAUUUAUUUUUAAAUUGGAGAGUUUGGAACAGCUAUUUAUUACUACAUGGAAGCUCAAGAAGCUGAUCCUCAAUUUUUAGAACCUUAUAAGAGCUUAGGUUACAUUUACAAAAAAAUAGGAUAGGUAGAGGAAGCAAACAAUAUAUUUGAUUAGCUAACUUAGUUAAAAUAAAAACAAUAAAAAUAAUUUGAUUUUAAAAAUUAUAUAUCCAUAACAUAAUAAUGA